CUGAACGGCUGGAGAUGCUCUUAGACUUGAGGUCCUGAGCCGGCUUUCCCCUCAGCUCCUCUGCCCGCGCCAUGUCGUCGUCAUCCCGCGUCGUGGAGAUCGAGGUUGUGGUGGCCGACGGCGGCGCCAGGAAGGCGGCGGAGGGGGAGAAGCAGCCGGACCCCGUGGUGAACGUGUACUCGGCCGCGGCGUACGGGGAUCUGGAGCGACUGCGGCGGUUCGUGGAGCUUGACGGCGGCGGCGCGUCGCUCGCCGUGCCCGACGGCAACGGCUAUCACGCUCUCCAGUGGGCCGCGCUCAAUAACUACCCCCACGUGGCGCUCUACAUCAUCGAGCAUGGGGGGGACGUGAACGCAGAAGACAAUUCGCAGCAGACAGCGCUGCACUGGGCGGCGGUGCGCGGGGCCACGGCCACGGCCGAUGUUCUGCUGGAGAACGGCGCGAGGCUAGAGGCAGCCGAUGUGAACGGCUACCGGGCAGUCCAUGUUGCAGUUCAGUAUGGCCAAACAACAUUCUUGCAUCACAUCGUCUCAAAGUAUGGUGCGGACUUUGAAGCUUUGGACAAUGACGGGAGGAGCUCUUUGCACUGGGCUGCCUACAAGGGGAAUGCAGAUACAAUUAGGUUACUACUGUUUAUGGAUGCUAAUCAAGUAAGGCAGGACAAAAAUGGUUGCACUCCCUUACACUGGGCUGUUAUAAGAGGAAGUUUAGAAGUUUGCACCCUUCUUGUACAUGCAGGCACCAAGCAGGAACUAACAUUGAGGGAUAGAGGUGGGUUUACUCCUUUGCAACUUGCAGCAGACAAAGGUCAACGGCAUCUUUCCAAUAUACUUUCUAAUGCUACAAAAGUAAGCUUUGGAGACAAGUACUGCUCAGGGAGGCUGGGCAAGGUUGGAUACGCACCUAUCCUGUUUUCUUAUCUUGUUAUCCUCAUGAUCCUUUUCCUGAAAUCAAUUGUUUUUGCAUCUGAUUUUUCUAGAAUCACUGCUGCUGUUGGUCUUUGGUCAUGGGCUGCUAUUUCUCUUGCCUUGGCGUCGCAAGUGGUGUUCUACAGAGUUAGCAGAAACACUCCAGGCUACAUCAAAACCAAUACCGAGGGGCUUGAUCCGAAGGAACUACUCAUGGGGAUUGAUCUUAGUUCCUCUACUUUUACAGGCAGUUGGUCUCAGCUAUGCCCUACUUGCAAGAUAGUUCGUCCUGUGCGCUCCAAACAUUGUCCAAUUUGUAAGCAGUGUGUUGAACAGUUUGACCAUCACUGCCCCUGGAUAUCAAAUUGUGUUGGGAAGAGAAAUAAGUGGGACUUUUUGGUCUUUCUUUGUAUGGGGAUAGCUACAACCCUUCUCGGUGCUGCCGUUGGAUUCCACAGACUUUGGACGGAGCCCAUUAUACUCUCAUCUUCUGAGUCGUGGACUCACUUCAUGGUGACAAAACAUCCUGGUGCUGUACUGUUCAUGUUCAUGGAUAUUUUCUUAUUAACUGGAGCUCUUAUUUUGACGGUGGCACAAGCAGUAAUGAUAGCGAGGAAUCUCACAACUAAUGAGGCUGCAAACCAGUCGCGCUACACUUAUCUUCGUGGGCCUGAUGGACGCUUCAGGAAUCCUUAUAACCAAGGCUGGCAGAAGAACUGCGCUUAUUUUCUUGUUAAUGGCUACAACAACGACGAGGAGGCUGCAUGGCCAACCCUUCAACAGACAGUAGAGUGAAGCUAUGGUUCCUUGCUAGACCAGGCUGGAUGUGCUGUGGUGGUGCAAGUGUAGAAAUGGGAUGAUUUUUGUGCAUAGAGUUGAUGACGAUGGUUGUGUCAGUUGUAAAAUCUAACGGUCUGGAAUUUGAGUAGUCAUUCACAACAAAAGUAAGUACCAACAUACAUAUUUUCCUGGCACAGCUCCAAGCUAGACUCUAUCCAUCCCUAUUUAGAUCUUGAGAAUAUUCUCAUCUUCCAGUGAGAAACUGAAUUACUGUGAUUUUUUUUACUGCUAUUGAUGUGAAAUUUCUCUUCA